UUUCCUGGGUCCUCACUUACGAUUGGACAACACAGUAAUCGAGGCGGUGCUUCACAAACACGGAAGCACAAACCGCGGUGUUUUGAAACUGUUCACCGUUUAACAAUUUUCUAAUUAAUACACGUUGUGUUCAGCGAAAUCGUCUUUAAGUCGGUUGUAGUUCUCGUUAACUGAAUAAAAAGUUGUUAACAUGUAUUGUACAAAUCAAGUGUAAUUAUUCAUUUGAAAAGUGAGAUUAACUGACGAGCUAACUAACUAGCCAGUUGUCUAGGAAACGGAAACGCGCAAACUAAAGACGCAGGAUGUGACUCACGAGCUAACAAUUUCAACUUUAGAAACUUUUAUCUUGGUGACCAUGCUGCGGUCUGCCAGAGAUAAAGACAUCCAGUCCUUAGACGUUUACUCUGAUGAUGAGGAUAAUACUGCAUUAGCAGGAAGAAGAAACAUGUUGGGGGAAAUUAAUGCUGCUUCACGUGAGAGCAGCGAAAUCCGCAGGGCAACGCCUGGGCGGCAACCGGUAACGUUACGCCAGCGCUACUGGAAAGACACUCACCUGUGGCCCGCUCGUAUAGUCUCUGUGCUAUGCAGCGUAGUCAUCGUCUCAUUUAUCGCUGUGCUCAUCUCCUUCUUGUACAUCGUAUUAAAAGAUCUAAGAGCAGAGAGGAUAACUGCUGAAGAUGGAUCAGAAGUGAGACUUCUAGGUUUUUGGAGUAUUUUGGUCCUGUCUUCCGUGGCUGGAGUUCUUUGUUGCAGUUUCUCCUGGACCAUAACCUACUUUGACUCCUUUGAGCCAGGAAUGUUUCCCCCAACUCCUCUUUCUUCAGCCAGACUCAAAAGAAUGACUGGACAUUCUUUCCACAUGGGCUACAGUAUGGCUAUACUCAACGGCAUAGUGGCUGCGCUCACUCUUAUAUGGUAUCUCACCUAAAGCACCUCAACUGCCGCCCAUCUGUGGACACCUUGACUGUCAUUUAACUUGCAAUUACCAGGAGGAAAUUCCAAGUUUAAAUAGUUCACCCCAAAAUGAAAAUUUACUCACUCUCAAGCCAUCCAAGAUUUAGAUGAGGUUGCUUCUUCAUCGGAACAGAUUUGGAGAAACUUCCUCACCAGUGGAUCCUCCGUGCCAUCAUUUUCAUUUUUGGUUGAACUAUUGCUUUAGUGGCAGGAGGAGCUGUCAUAUAAAGUUAGUAAUAUAACUACAGAUAAAACUUUAAAAAAAGGCACAAAAACAAACACAAAGAAUAGAAUACUAGUUUAAAAAAUAAUUUCAUUUAAUUUUUAUUUUUUAGAGGAUUUCUCACAUUUUCUUAUAUGUUAAUUUGACAAAUUCAGUAAAUGCACAAUGGUUUCUUAAUGGACUACAUUUCAGAAAAAAUAACAAAUAUAAUAGCAAAGUCAGGGUCUCUUUGUUACCCUGUUAUUUUGUCUUAUAAAAGGCUUUUAUUACUGAAUCCCAUGCAAGCACCUUUUUACCAUUACAAUAGCAGUGCAUUAAAUCUGCUUUUUGCCCUUUUGAUGUCAUUCAUUGUUAGUUAGGCAACACAUAGAUGCUGUUUAAGUCUUUCUCAAUAAAUUGGAUUUGUAUUUUAGGACCUCUGCUCAGCAAAGACUAGAGUCCCUUUGCAGUCAGGCUUUAUUAAAGCUGGAAGUUGCUGCUCUAUUGAGUGUUUUAAUGGGGGAAAUCAUUAAUACAAUAGCUGUUUUGGGGUUGAUGGAGAGUGACCAUGUUAAAGCUUUGUUGAGAGCCUGGGAGAAGGUCAGAGAGUGUAGAAGUGUGAAUUUAAUUUAUGACUUUAAUUAUUUGAUGCAGACUCUGCCAGGCCAUGAUUACUUAUUUCUUCUUCAUUAGAUUAGCAGGCCCUGUAGCAACUAAUUUCAUCUAGCACUAAUGCACUGGUCUGUCUCGUAUAUAUGGAGUAUUAAUGUACUGCCGCCUUGUGUGUGUGUUCUUUUUGUAUCCGUGGCAACAGGAUCCUAUAAUUUGUCUUCCUUUACAGGACAUUUCAUCUCCAUUUUUAAUACAUUUAAAUAGACAUGAAUUCUGGUUUGUUGUGAUUUUAGUGUUUCCAGAAGUAGUUUAUCCACCUCAAAACCUGUUGUUCUUAAAUUGUUCAGGUAUUUUAAGAUAAAAAGGAGAUUAUUGUGUGUGUGUGUGUGUGCGUGCGUGUGUGCUUGAUCACAUUCUCCGUGUUUUUGUGUUUUAGUCUUUAAAAAAAAAGUGUUCUUGCAUGACUUGGUGACAGUGUCUCUCUUAAAGGGGUCAUAUGAUGUGUAAAUGUGAUAAAAAAAAAAAAAAAUCUUUCUCUUUGGAGUGUUAAAAGCUUUUGGUGCAUAAAUAAGCUCUGUAAAGUUGCAAAGACUAAAGUCUCAAAUCCAAAGAGAUAGUCUUUAUAAAAGUUGAGUCAACCACUCCUACCUAAAACGGCUCAUUCUUACAUGCCCAAAUGUUCAUGCAAAGAAAGAAGGCGUAACUUUUAUUCUCACUGUUGCCACGCCAUGUCAUGUAGAUAAUGUGUGUUUCGUUGUGAAAGCGAAACUACUUUGUUUGGCCUUCCAAAAGAGGACACAACUAGAAAUCAGUGGUUAAGUUGUAUUUACAACGUUGUUCUGGAACAGUUCAACCCAAAUAUUCAGAUGUGUGCAGCGCAUUUUACGGAGGAUGAGGACAGUUUCCUGGGAGAGUAGCCCACAAUGCCGGUGUCUGUUUCUAUAAAGUAGGGCAAUUCCAACUUUGCAAGGACAGUCUGCGGCUUCUGACACACAGUCUGUAAGUACGUUUUCAUAUGUAAAGGAUUUGCCACUGAUGAUUCAAACACGAGUUUUGAGCAGUGUAGAGUAGCUCUUGUUGUUUCUCAGAUCACAAAUGCAGAUGUGGUUUUAUGCAAUGCAACAUGUAAAAAGACAGUAUAAGUCAUUAUAGUCAGUAAUUAUGUCCCCACUGGAUGCAACAAAUGCCUCAUUUGUAAUGGGUUUUAGUGGUUUUGUGUCGUUGCGCGGGGGGACAUGCAUCACAGUAUGGUAAGGGGUGUAACAUUUCCGUCACACGCUUGAGGCAUUCGGCCAAUCACAACACACUUGAUAGCAGGCCAAUCAGAGCAAACCUCACUUUUCAGACCGAUGAGCUUUGUAAAAAUCAACGCGUUUCAGAAAAGCGGGGCAUAGAGGAGAAACCAUAAUCUACAGUAUGUGGAAAAUAAUGUUUUUUGAACCUUAAACCACACAAACACAUUGCAUUACACCAAAUACACAAAAUAAUGUUCUUUUUAGCAACAUCAUAUGACCCCUUUAAUGCUUUUUCUGUUGAGGUGAAGGUCUGUCUGGGGUAAACCAUCAUGCAGUGCAACUGUCACAAACCACUGAUUUGAAGGUUGAGUGGUUUGCUUGCUUGUUUUCCUGCCAUUUAAAUAAUCAGGUAUGAAAAAACAACACUGGAAUAUACAUUGCUUACCCAAGAGGUGGGAUAUUGUGUCAAAAAAUGCUAGUAGAAUUUAUAUUGUAAGAAUGUAUUUAUGCAAAAAGCAAUAAAUUUGCAAUUUAAAUGAAAAAAAAAA